CCAAUUCGCAAUUUUAUUUAAACUUGUUCUUACAAAACCUGAACCAUAAAUUAUAUUGAAUCUGUGAUUACUGUGAAUAUCUAAGUGCAUUAAAGUUGUUAACCUGUAAUUAAUGAUAUUUUGAUUAACUGUUUUCGUGAAAUUUGUUUGCCUAAAAUAAGUAUAUAUUUGAUGUCGUUUAAAAAUUACUUAAAACAGCUACGUUAAUUGUCUAUUGCAAAAAUACUUCUAAAGUAUAAAAAUAGAAAGCUAUUAAAAAAGUUUUCAAAAAUAUAAAUAUAUUUUCCUUUUUUGUUGGACAUCAAGUAUAUACUUAUUUUUGCAAACAAAUUUAAUUAUUAUGUUGCAAAUGUUAAAGAUCAUACUAAAAAUGUAUAAUUUAAUAUAUAAGAUAAUGUAGAAUAUGUAUGCUAUAAUAAGAAAGAAAUAACGAAAACUAAAAGCCAAAAUUUUUACCAAUAUUUUCAUACAUUAAAAUCAUUACAAAUGAAAGUUAAAGCAGCGAUAACAUUUUUUUGUUUCAACCGCGUGCAAUCAAGUUUAUAAAAUCUGCCGAUACUUUUUAAAUAUAACUUAGUUUAAAUUGUAAUACAAAUAGUCAAAUCGAAAACAUUCGACAUUAUGCCCCACACAAGUCACGCGCGCCAUACGAGUUCUUCUGGUGACGAUUUAGGAAGCACAGAUGAGGUUAAAGUGUUCAAAGACGAGGGAGAUCGCGAGGAUGAAAAGAUUUCUUCGGAGAACUUAUUAGAGGAAAAAUCUAGCUUGAUUGAUCUAACUGAAAGUGAGGAAAAAAGUGGUAAAAUAUCAACUCGAUCUGGCCAGAGCCCCGUCUUCAACAAAAUUGAGCCUCAUGCAUCUCCUUAUAGUAUGGGUUACCUGGUAUCGCCAUAUCCUUAUUCAAACGGUUCCACAGGAGGAUUACCUGCAACUAUGGCAAAUAAAAUAGGGUUGCCUUGCUUUUUCGGUCACAAUGGAGAACAUCUUACAACACCUCCUCCUGCACAUUGUGGUAUACCUCCUUAUCAAUUGGAUGCUAAAUCUAUUAACUUGAGUAGACAGGCAAUUUACCCAUUUCCUUCCAGCCAAUAUCCAUACCCUAUGAUAAGUCCUGAUAUGUCCCAAGUUGCAACUUGGCAUACACCUUCCGUAUAUUCAGCGGCAUCAAGUUUCAGAAAUCCUUACCCUACAUCCCUUCCUAUCAAUUCAACGUUAUCAAGUGAUUUCUCCUUUCGAUUUUCUCCAAACCUUCUACCUUCCGUUCAUACAUCACAACAUCAUAUGCUCAACGCACAUUCUACUGCUUCUGCAUCAGGUUCAAAACAGGACGGCAAUAAUGAUACAGCGGGAACACAUCGUUUUUUAAAAAAUAUGGAGAGUAGAAAUGUGAGAAUGCAAAACCACGAAACCUGUAAAGACAGUGCUAUAGAAAAGAAGAAACCUCAUAUUAAAAAACCAUUGAACGCUUUUAUGUUAUAUAUGAAGGAAAUGAGAGCGAAGGUAGUUGCGGAAUGUACACUUAAAGAAUCCGCUGCAAUUAACCAAAUACUGGGUAGACGUUGGCAUGAACUGUCUCGAGAAGAACAAAGCAAAUAUUACGAAAAAGCUCGCCAAGAACGACAACUGCACAUGGAGCUAUACCCAGGUUGGAGUGCUCGAGAUAACUAUGGAUACGUUUCAAAAAAGAAAAAGCGGAAAAAAGACAGAUCUCCUGCAGAUUCUGGAGGAAAUAAUAUGAAAAAGUGUAGAGCCCGGUUUGGCCUCGAUCAACAAAAUCAGUGGUGUAAACCAUGCAAACGCAAAAAGAAAUGUAUUCGCUAUAUGGAAUCUAUUGGAAUCGGUUGCGACAGUGUAAAAGAGGAACACCUGAACGAUUUAGACGACACAGAUGGCCAACGCAGCGAUGACGACGACGUCGAUCACGAAAACAUUGGUAGUUGUGAUAGCGGUGAUGAUAAUAAGGUAUAUGACGAUGACAAUGAGUCGUUAAGUCACAGUCUUUCAAGUCCAAGCGGGUUUUCAAACUUCCAGAGUCCUCCAACUAGUUUAGCUAGUCCUGCCAUUGUCCAUCAUGUCAACGAUUCAAUAAACACUGGGUUUAACGACCAUAACCACAAUCACCCUGAUUUAAAUAUUUUGCAGUCUCAAAGUGUGCAAAUACAGCACCAACAUAAAUUACAGCAACAUUUUCAGCCGUCCAUUUCUAUGUCUUCUCUAUGCCCAACACCACACCUUGCCUAUGAAACGGGGGGUCUUGUUGGAAACAACCCAAAUUCAAUAUCAAAUAUUGUUUCAACAAUUAAUGCGUCACCGACGCCUUCGUCGACAACUGUGUCUGCCUAUGGUUCAAAGUGUUUACCUUCUGCAUCAACAUCCUCCUCUUUACCUGCAUCAUUGUCUGAUCGAAUGAUGCGUUCUCUUCUAAGUAGUAGUCCUGCCAUGCUGCUUGGAAAUCGUUUAAGUCAUUUGGCUAUGGGACUAGCCAUGAAUAAUAAUAACAAUAUUAUUGGAAAUGGUAUUCAUGGAACCAACAGUAGUAUCAGUACUGACAAACUAUUCAAUUCGUUGGAUACUAGUUGUGCCAAGAAAGAAGAGUUAAAUACAGCGCCUGCGACGGAAUUUAAAACUAUAUAUAAUCGGUCUUCAAGUGCGGCAAAUAUGAAUCAACUGGAAGACACUGAAAAAGUAUUAAGCUCAUCUGUAACUGAUACAAUCUCAUCCCAAAAAUCUCUUUCCACGUCAAAAUCAUGCUCCCUACCUGCCAUAUCCUUGACUGAAUCCACCAAUCCUAUGAAUAUUAAAAUUAACUCUAAUAGCAAUAUACCUUUUCAAAGAAGCCCUAUAGGAGCCAAUCCAAGGGACAUAAACAAUCCACUUAGUAUAAACCAGUUGACAAAAAGACCGCACGAUGAGAAUAGUACAACAAAUAGUGACGAUAUUAAUAGUUGUGCUUCUAAUAUGAGGGAUUCAAAAGUAGUAUCUGGUGAUAUGAGCUUUAUACGUUCGCAUCAUGCACAACAGAUGCAUACAGCAAUACCUCUACCACCCCCAACACAAAGUGCCAUAUAUAACAAUUCUCAACACUUUCAGCAGAAGUUCAUUCGACAUUCAGUAACACCCAUACCGGCUACAACAACGUCUUCUUCCCCAGUUGUCACACAAACAUCAGAAAAAAGUAACAGUAUUAAAAGUGGUGGUAGCCAGAAAUUGUCAACAGAUACAUCGAACGAAAGCGGUGCCAUAAACGUAACAUAACCUCUUUUAUUAAUAUGUAACAUGUAAUUUAGACCUUCAAUCGAACUCUUGAAACAAAAAUUUGCUUUGUAUUAGAUUUAAUUCGUAAUAGUUUUAAACUAUAAAUAGAAUUAAUUUACACGUAAGUUCAAAUUUAGGCUUUAAAAUUGAAUAUGUGAAAAAUGUCCCUAAAUACGGACUAUACAAAUAAAUUUAUAAUAGUUUUUUAUUUAA